UUGAUAUUGUAAAAGUUGCACCUAAGAAUAUGAGAACAACCAGAAGCCCAUCUGUAUCUAGUGAAACAAGUUUAAGUUUAUCACCAACUUCAAACCCUACCACCCAACCUCAUAGUACCUCUCCCAACCUGCUGGAAAUGUUCAUGAUACAGAGCCAACAGCGAAUGGAAAUUGAGGCAAAGCGGGCAGAUAUGUUUCAAAAUACUUUACUAGCAAUGAUGAGUUCAAAUGUUAGACUACCAGUGCAGGAACCCAGCGGAUCUGUCCCAAUAAAGCCAACUGAAAAAACAGCCAUUCAGCAGCUUACAGAAGAGAAUGUAUCAAGAGUUUUGAAAAAGAUAGGGCUGGAACGUUAUUGCCAAUGUUUUUUAGAUAAUCAUGUAGAUGGUAUCCUCCUUGAAGCCAUGAUACACCACACCCUUGGUAAUGGUUUGCUGGCAAGUCUUGGUGUUAUAGAUGAAAAUGACCGCUCACUUUUAGUCAGGGAAAUCUAUAAAGUGAAGUUCCAGGGAUAUGAAGAUUAAAGUUAGAAUACUCACAUGCACUGCUUUAGUCAUAGCCACAUGAAGAUAUCAUCCGAGAAC